CAGACACUGUGCUGUGGUGCAGCAGUACUAAGAUGGUUCUCUUCGUUGAGCUAACCAUUCUGUGGGAAGCAGGCGUGGAGGCCGCAUGGGAGCGGAAGAGACUGAAAUACUCAGACCUUGCGGAAGAGUGUGGGGAGGCAGGAUGGAGAAAUACUAUUUACCCAGUAGAGGUUGGCUGCUGUGGGUUUGCGGGGACAUCAGCUGUCCACCUCCUGAGAGAGGGCAAGCCUUCGGAAAGUGACCAAAGAUCUGUCAGAGGAGGUAGAGAAGAGUAGCUUCUGGCUGUGGCUGAAGAGGAGGGAUACACAGUGGGGCACCACCUAGCGUAAGGGCAGGCUGCAGGGGGUGACUGGGAGACAUCCCUGUCACUGCCCCGCCACCAGGAGAUGUUCCAGGUUCAAAGGGGUGAAACAUCAAGGAAUGGCGGUGCCUGGCUGAUGACCCUGUAGAAAGCCAACCUGUAGGUGGAGGUUAGCAGGCGAAGAUCUACCUGUGUUUAUAUACUGGUUUGGUUGCAUGUGUACAUACUUUGUAAUUAGCAUAUUUGUCACGCAUACCGUCUGUAAGUACUAUAGGUAUUAUGGGUGUGUCUUUCUUUCUCUCCAUACAUGUUCACAAGUGUCAUUUAUUCUUUACCUCCCAGUACCAUUGAACUCGCAAAGUCUAAUAGGGAUAAUUCGCACUGAUGGCAUCGAACUGAACUUUUUGAUGCUUUCGGAUGACCCCUCAGCCUUGCUAGAAAUCUGUUGUGGAAGAGGCCAGUGUGCUAUCUGCUGGGAACAUGUCAGAGAAGUUAGUGUGCGUCAACGAUUAUGAAGAGAAAGCCAAGAGGAUCCUUCCGAAAGUCAUCUUCGAUUACUACAUCUCCGGAGCAGACGAUGAGGAAACGUUAGCCGACAAUAUAGCGGCAUUCUCCAGGUGGAAGUUCUGCCCCCGUGUGCUCCGAGAUGUCUCCAAGGUGGACCUGAGCGUGUCAGUGCUUGGACAGCAGAUCAACAUGCCUGUGUGCGUGUCGGCAACCGCCAUGCAAAGGAUGGCCCAUGCAGACGGGGAGACGGCAACUGCGCGAGCCUGCAGGGCCGUGGGCACGGGGAUGACCCUUAGCUCCUGGGCGACGUCCACUAUCGAGGAAGUGGCCGCGGCGGCUCCGGGGGGAUUGCGGUGGAUGCAGCUGUACAUCUACAAAGACCGCGAUCUGACCCUGUCGCUGGUGAGACGAGCAGAAAAGGCAGGGUACAAGGGCAUCUUUGUCACAGUGGACACGCCGUACCUCGGGAGGCGCCGAAAUGACGUGCGCAACCAGUUUAAGCUCCCCUCUAAUCUCAGCAUGGUGAAUUUUGAGUCCCCUGAUCUGGCUUUUUCCUCAAAAGAAAAUUUCGGGGAGGAUAACAGCUUGGCCCUGUAUGUCGCCCGGAGCAUAGAUCCAAGUCUGAAAUGGGAAGAUAUUGCUUGGCUGAAAAGCAUGACGACCCUGCCAGUGGUGUUAAAAGGGAUUCUGACCGCUGAAGAUGCCAAGGAGGCUCUCAAAUAUGGCAUCGAUGGAAUACUUGUCUCCAACCAUGGGGCACGACAGCUAGAUGGCGUUUUGGCUACUAUCGACGCCCUCCCGGAGAUUGUGGAAGCAGUGGGUGGAAGAGUAGAGGUUUUCCUAGAUGGGGGAGUACGGAGGGGGACAGAUGUGCUGAAGGCUCUGGCCUUGGGUGCGAGGGCUGUGUUCCUGGGGCGGCCCAUCCUCUGGGGACUCAGCUGUGAUGGUGAAAAAGGCGUCAGAGAAAUUUUACAGUUGGUGCGAGAAGAACUUCGCCUUGCAGUAGCACUGACAGGUUGCCAUUCACUGAAGGAAGUCAGUCGUUCCAUCUUGAGAAAAUCUGGGAUUUCUUCUAGAAUUUAAGCAAUUAUUAAAGACAUUAAAAAUUAAUUUGUCCUUUAUAAUGAAAAGUACGACCCUCUUGAUUAAUAGGUACUGUAAUCAAUAUGGAAAUAUGUUUGUUAUAAUUACUUAUGUGAAUAUAAUGUUAACAAAUGGAUGUGCAGUCUAGAUUUACUCUUUGAAAAUGAUACUCGUCACACUGUUUGCAAUGCAAAAAAAGAUAUAUAAUAUCAAUAAAUGUAUUCCCGCAUAACAAA